GUGAUGGAAUUGUGCACUGGGGGGAGUGACACCAUGCUGGAGGAGCCCAAGAAUGCUUUUGGUGUUGAGGAGGAAGAGUUUCUGUUAAUCUUGGAACAUGUAGCAUCUGGGAUGAAACAUCUGCGGGAACACGGAAUUGUCCAUAGGGAUAUAAAACCUGGCAAUAUUAUGAGAUUUAUUUCUGAAGAUGGAAGGUCAAUUUAUAAGCUGACAGACUUUGGUGCAGCUAGAGAGCUAGAGGAAGAGGAACAAUUUAUGUCCCUCUAUGGCACAGAAGAAUAUUUGCACCCAGACAUGUAUGAGCGAGCUGUUCUGAGAGGCCAAGAUUACAAGGUUUUCUGUGCUACUGUGGACCUGUGGAGUUUAGGCGUUACCUUUUAUCAUGUUCUGACUGGUCAGUUGCCAUUUCGACCUUUUGGAGGUCGAAGAAACCGAGAGACCAUGCACAAGAUAACAACACAGAAGGAAUCUGGUAUUAUCUCUGGUGUGCAGAACACAGAGGCAGGUCCAAUUGAGUGGAGUCGUGAACUGCCUCAGUCCUGCCGAGCUUCUCAAGGCCUCCAACUCUUGAUUGUCCCUUUCUUGGCAAGUCUUCUUGAGGCAGAUCCCAGGAAAACUUGGCAGUUCGACAGAUUCUUCAUAGAAGCCAAGAAAAUUACCUCCAAGAAAGUCAUCCCCAUGUUUUCAGUCCCAACAUGGACCCUAGUAAAGAUAUAUGCUAAUGUUACAGACAACUUAACCAAGAUUCAAGAACUUGUGGCACAGCAAACGGAAAUCCCAGCACCAAAGCAGUUGAUAAUCUACCAGAACCAGUUGUUAUCCGAAAUUGUGGACCCAACACAGACAGUUGUGACUUACCCAAGGUGUAUUAGUCACACCAAACCAAUCUUCAUAUUCACAGAAGAUGACAAUGAUUCACAUCCAUUUCCAUCACCUUAUAUCAGUGAGUGCAACUUCCCACGAUUCAGCACCACAAUGAGCCUGGACAAUGACUACCCACUGGCUAAGAUGUGUGUCGGUAUCCUCCAUGCCAUUCACCGAGAGAUCUCUGACUGUGUGUUAAGGCAACGUCUUACUCAUGAGGGAAUUGUUAAUUAUGUACAUCAGCUGUAUCACUCACUGGAGCACUUGAGGGAUAAUGACUUCCAUUUAAGAAGAUUUUGUCAAGAAACAAAGAAACGAAAAUUGGAUCUUUCAAGGAGCAAAGAGGAUAAGAUCCAUAUGCUUAGGCUGUUUUCUCAGGAAAAACCUGCCCUGUCCAAGCUGUUACACAUGUUGUCAAGGGAGUGGCAGUCUAAUCGACAAAUUUUAGAUGAAUUUGAGGUCAAGAUGGAUAAGUUAUUGUCAGUGAUAAAUAAGAGCACUGGUCUUUACACAUCUCAUCAUCUUGAAAGAAAAGACCUCCAAAAUGACUGGGACUUCAAGUUGGGCUGUGAAGAGUCUAUGCGCUGUGCACCAAGGCUUGAAAUGACAAUUAAGAGUGCUACGGUUAUAAUGGAACGUUUCAAAAUAGAUAAACAGAAGAAGGUGCUACCAUACAAUGAUGAACAGAUACACAAGUUUGAAAAGAACAAUCUGUACACGCUAACAGGGAAGGCAAGAAACAUGUUAAGAGAGCAUUGCAUUCCCAAUUCCCAAAUGAUCCAUCUGAAGGCUUGUGCAUGGCUUUGCAAAGCCAGUGCACUGAGACGUGAUAGUCACAGAACUGAGAAGGAAAUGGAAGAUCUUAUUGCUUUACAACAGUGCUUUACUGUUAAGCUUGAUAAGCUUUGCCAGGACGACAAGGUAAUUCAGAGCCUGGAGGGACUGUCUGUAGAGUCUACUCAUGGCGUAGGAGAUGGUGCUCGUUGGGUGCGAAAUGGAAGUCAGGAGCAAGCUGCUAAACCAGACUCGUUAGUCGAGUACCUGGUAGAAAGCAUGGACAGCCUUAACUUUGAUACUAUGCAGGUCAUAGAGAACAUCAAAGAGAACACAAACAGCCUGCAUAAAAGAUGGAGGAAAGAAAUGGGUCUUGUUGAUGAAUCUGUGCCAACAGCAUGGGGUCAAGCAGAUAGUUCGCUAUCUGUUUUCCGUAAAUGGACAACCAAAGUGACUAGCUCUGUUUCCAAAUUCCCAUCUACCCAGAAAGGCGUCUUCCUGGAAGUUGGACUGAGCCAUUUCCAGAAUGCGCCAUCGUCACUAAACUCAUUUCCUAAUAAAAUUAAUUUGCAAGACUAUGAGGUUGACAUGCCAUCAUAUUUGAAUGUUCAUGGACAAAAUGCUAAUGGGCUUUCGCUGUUGCAUCUUAGUACUUUCGCAGGAAAUGUUGAAGCAAGCAAGACGUUCAUCAGUCAAGGAGUGAAUGUGGACUGUAAGGACCAAUUGUACCUCACACCCUUACACUGGGCUAUAAUCAAGGGCUGUGAUGAAAUGGUUCAGCUUCUUCUGGAGAAUAAUGCUAGUCUGUUUGUGAUGGCUAUUGGGAAAAACACAGCUGUUCAUAUUGCAGCACGAUUUGGUAGAUCAUCAAUUUUGAAGUUAUUAGUCCAAAAAGACCCAGAUGUGGUGAGUCUGAGGAAUGUAGCAGAACGAACAGCGUUGCACCUGGCCUCCAUGCAUGGUUUUGCUGACUCGGUCCGGAUUCUUUUGGAUGGAGUGGCUGAUGUUGCACCUGUAGACAAACAUGGUCUGACACCACUCCACCUGGCGUCCGCUUGUGGCUAUGUAGAAGCUGUACAACUCCUCUUGUCCACAGGGAAAAACAAUAUAGAACUGACAUCUAAAGCUGGGUUUACCCCAUUGCUAUUGGCAAUACAAAAUGGUCACAAGCCUGUUGUAGAUAUCCUUUUGAGAUACAAUGCCAACUUGGAUUGCUCUGAUGGUAGAGGAAGGGGUCCACUUCAUUUGGCUGUGCUGCAUGGACACCUUGAUUUAACGGAGUAUAUCCUUAGCCUGGACAGUAGGAGUGUAAACGUGGAUGCUCAGGACUCCAAUGGCUUCACUUCACUGCACUAUGCUGCUUGUAAGAAGGAUUCUGAAGCCCUCAAGCUUCUACUGAGUAGCGCAAGAGCCAGUGUGUUGUCGCGUAAUCAGUGGUUGCAGACUCCCCUCCAUGUUGCUGCCACAAGUGGCUCUGUGAUGAAUGUCCGCCUCCUGAUUGACCACAGUGCGGACCUUGAAGCCGAAGAUGAGUGUGGUCGAAGUCCGCUACAAGUUGCAAUGGCUAUGGGCAACAUGUCAAUUGUUAGUCUUUUUCAUUCUUCUGGAGCAGGGCCCUACUGACCAAAAUGCCGAUAUAACUACAACACUGUCAACACUGCUCCUUCAGUUCAGGUGCAUGGCUCUCGGACAAAGGAAUAUUGACAAAAACUGUCACUCAUUUGUUACGAUGUGACAGUGAAGAAACAUGAAAACAGUUGCCUUUUCUACUGUUCAGGUGUUCUGACUAAGGUUCACAAGAAUUAUUGUUACCAUUUCUAGACAACAGUAGCCAUAUAAAUUGCAUAGGUGCAAAGAUGUGCACUUGCACAGUUUCCAUGAAGGGUGAUAGGACUAGAGUGAAAGUUCUUCUACUUGUACUGACAUGUAAUUACCUGUUAGUCACAUUUCUUUAUAUUAGGUCCAUGACAGCUCGAAACCUAGAGGUGCCAAUGUAUUUUACGUUCAAUAUCUCUAGUAUAGCCUGAAUUACCAAUCUCCUUGUCAGUGGAUGUCAGAUGCAGCUUAAUAUCAAAAUGCAACUUUACUGAUCCAUGUAUUAUAUUUGAUGGCUAUGUAUACAUUGUAUGUAAGAAAAUAGAUAGGUUCUAAUGAAAUAGGAAGUAAAGUGUAUGAUCUCACAUUCUGAAGAGAACAGAUUUGUUAAAAGCUGCAGUGCACAUUCUUACUCCGACCAACAUGGCAUUCUUUAUUUGUCCAUACUCCAUGUUAACAAACAGCUGCGACUUUUUGACAUGUUUAUUUAUUUUCAUUAGCUCUGAUUACCAGUGCAGACGUAACCAUGCAUACUAAAAUUGUUCGUAUUUGUAUUUUAUGAAGUAAUGUGUAAUGUUUGUCUUGCUGUUUAAUUUGUGAAACCCUUUCGCGACCUGCGUUUUCUGGUGACUGGACUUUAUCACAAGUGUUAGUGUUUCUCUUUUUGUCACAAAAUGUAAAUAGAAUGGAACAAAAUCAAAAAAAGUUUAUUUAAAUAAGAAAAUGAAGAGAAAAAAAACCUACUAAUACAUUAUCUUCUAGAUGCAGUGUCAUUAAUUGUAGUGGUUUUGUUCACAUACUUAUCUUAUUACUAAAUUCUUGAUAAAUGCACUGUUCAGAUCUCCCACUUUGUUUCAAAGUUCCAGUCCCCCAGACAAGUGUAUUGUCAUGACAGCUGGGUUUUCACAAGUAAAUGGAAAAGUUGCAUUGCCUAGAACAGUUGAUAUUAAAAAUGGAAUGCCCUUGAUACAUGAACCUAAUGCUAAUAUGAAAUUCAGCUUUAUUCCUGGGUAAUUCUACUUUGUCCAAAACUAGUGGUGACCACAACUCGUUCAUCUCUUACAUUGAAAAUGCAAAUGGUUUUCAAUUUGUAGACAGCAACCUAUCAAUGUCACAGCUUUAGCAUACUGAUUAUUCUGGACUAUUUUGAAUAAAAGCUGAAAAUAAAGGGAAAAAAAAGUCUUUCCAAAUCCUGGAUUGGGUUCCCCCCUGGCUAUGCCCGGUUUCCUCCCACCAUAACACUGGCCACUGUUGUAUAAGUCAAAUAUUCUUGAGUACAGUGUGAAAAAAACCAACCAAAUAAAUUUUCUUGGGCGGCGUUUAAUGGUCUUUCAUCUCCCAUAUAUAUUUCAUUUCAUUUUCUUUGCCUUUAAAAACUGAGAUAUAUUUAUCUUCAGUCAUUUUGUUAAUCUGUACACAAAAGUUGUACGAGUAUGUAGAAGCCCUGUACCAUUUUGUAACUUGUCAUUAUUACAAUUCAGAAUACUUUUGCCCAAUGACCCUUAAUAAUAAAUUAUCACUUUGGUUUUCUUUAGUAGUUGCUCCUGAAUUGCACGAGUCAAACACUACCUACAACAAGUACAUCAUUUAAUAUUUGAAGAUUUUUCACUGGAGAAUUUAUCAUUUCUAUUGAUGUGAACUCACUUUUGAUUUGAGAAAUUGUUUGAAGUGGGUCAAGUAUGACUUACUGCAAUUCUUUGAUUCAUUAAAGUAUUACUAACAAACUUUA